CGCCUUCAUCAUGGCUGCCGUCCGGCUACGUGAAAUCAUUGACCGCCGGCCAGUGAUCCCACCCAGUGUAUUCAUUGCUCGUCAAGGAAGGGACGUUCAAGGCUAUUACCCUGGGCAGCUGGCAAGAGUCCAUCCUGAUUACAGUGUGAACAGAUCUCUCAGACCUCUCACAGAUUUGGCAAUUCCACCCAAGAGAAAAAGUCAGUGUCAACCUCAAUUAGACCAACACACUCUCAUUCGAUAUAUUUGUUUUCAAAGACAUUCAAAGCCUGCAGAACCAUGGUAUAAAGAAACCACUUACCAACGAGACUAUUCUCUGCCGUUUUACAAGAUGGAUUGGGACCAGAAAUUAGCCACCGUUUCAUCGAAUCCUAGACCACUUAAUUCACUGCCGGAGCUCUACUGUUGUGAAAAGAGGCAGCUUUGAAAGAAAAGCUUUUUAACUACAGUGGCCAUGGCAUUUGAACAAAACAACCCGCGGUGUUCUUAGGUGACUCUUUGAAACUAAAAUAAUGGUAACAAAACUUCUGUUAAUUUAAGUGUGUAUCCAGAUGGCUACAAUCCUAAAAUAUUUACAUGUUGGAAAUUCUUUUCAGAUCAAGUGGGUCAGCCUAGGGCAGGGAAUCAUGAUCCAGCCUUAAGAGGACUUGUCAUCUGUUCUUAGCCCCAAGACUAGUCUUGUUGCCAGUGCU